AUGGAGACACUGGCUGCGCUGGCAGAGAUCGAGGCGGUGUCGCCGAUGGCGCGGAUCGAGGCGUUGGCCGAGGCGCACCAUCUGCGGGUGUGGCGGGCGGCUGAUGAGAGCAUGGUCUCGCUCAAGUACACCAGCGAGACCAAGCUGACGAGUACAAUGGCGCGCGAGUGCCAGUGCGAGCGGCUGGAGGGUUGCUGCCCGGCCGAUGGACAAGUUCUCAACGCCGGCGAGCCGGAUGGCGCGGCCGAGGCGGCGGCCUUUGACUGGCCGUCGGCUCGGGCGUACACCAAGGCCGAUGGCACGUGCAUGCUGCUCUACUACCGAGCAUCGAUGGAGGCGUGGCAGGUGGCGACACUCGGGUGCGGCGAUGGCAGCAAUGCGGUGACGCGGAGUGUGGCGGACAAGACUUGCGGCAAGGCAAGCGGGGCAGUCGAGACAGCGAUGCCGGCGUCGGUGAGCACGGCCGGCACCUUUGCCGACCUGUUCUGGGCUGUCUUCCACGACGUCGAGGGCUAUGCACUGCCGGACGACCGGUCGGUGACGUACGUGUUCGAGCUCACUUCGCCGCGGAACCGCGUGGUUGUUGUCCACGAUACAGCGGCGCUGGAGCUGGUGGCGAUGCGGGAGACGGCGAGCGGCGAUGAACUGCGGCUGGAUGCUCCGCAAGGCGACAGUGCGGCAUCUGCGCUGGCAACGCUCCGGUCCGAGUUUGUAGGCGUGAGCCCGCUGCGGUUCGAGGGCUACGUGGUGGUCGACGCGGCGUGGCGGCGGCUCAAGGUCAAGCAUCCCGGUUAUGUGGCCAUCCAUCACCUGGACAACCGAUUUGAUGUCCGCAACGUGACCAACGUCAUCCGAUCGGGUGAGUCGAGGGAGUUCCUCACGUACUUUCCUGACUAUGCACCGCUCUUUGACGACAUUGCGGCACGGUUUGAGCGCCUCGCGGCACAGCUUGCGGCCGAGGCCGAGGCGCUGGCAAACGUGGGCGCGGGCAAGGCGGCUUCGCGGAUGCGGGCCACAUCGGUGCUGCCUGAAGCGCUGGCGCUCGUGGCCAGCGGGGCGACAAAGGUCCGCGGCGCUCUGGCGCAGAUUGAGCUCAAGGCGCUGCUCGGCGCGCUGCGGCUGAAGGACGUCAAGGCCAAGUCAGGCAAGCGCAGGGCGGCUCGAAAGCGGGCGCGCAAGGCGGCUGCGGCCGCAGGAGCUGCGACGCCAUGUGGCGGUGGAAGCGACGAGGGUGCAGGCUUGGGCGAUGGCUGGAUGGCGGCGGCAAGCCGGUGGCGCCACGGCUCGCCCGACUCGACCGACGUCGACGUGGUUUAUGUGGUGCCAGCAGGGGUGGCGCUUCCGAGCUCGAGCGAGCUGAUCGAGUUUGUGAGGAGAGGCAAGGAAGCCGGCGAAGAUCGCAACGUGGUGCAGCUCGAUGCGAGCGGGCAGGUAGCGUUUACGCUCAAGGGUGAGGCUGACGAGGUCAACAACGCGCUGGUAGCAACUGUAGGGCUGCAUGCCAGCAACGCCGGGCGCACAUGCCCGAUUGCGGGCGUCCGGCGGCGGCGGGUGCUGCAAAAGGCGCUCAAUGUGAGCUCUGCACUGGCGGGUAUUGUGGCACACGCGACGAGCGACGAGGAGUUGCGGGGCGCGUGUAAGAAGGUGCUCCGCAAUCGCGAUGGGCGGGCGCGGUUUGCCGGCCUGGCGCGGGUGCUGGGCGGAGCGAGAGCGGAGCAUGUGUGUGCCACCAUUGACGUCGACGCGCGCAAGGCCGUGGCGAUGCAGCUUGGCCUCGCGGUCCUGCUCUCCCGCGGCAUCGAGGUGUACACCAAGGGCGAGGUGGCGGCGGCGCUGCCGGGCCUCGCGCCGCUGCUGGGGCGGGCGGCGGAGCCUGGGGCGGACGCUGUGGGCGCGCUGGGCGAUGCCAUCGACGAGUGGGCGAGCGGCAUGGCCGGACUGCAGUGGAAGAAGGUCAAGGGCGGAUGGAUCGAGGUACGGGAAGGGCGAGCCGAAGGCGGAGGCAUGGCUGUGGGUGCGGUGGCCGCCGAGGUGCGCGAGGCCGGCAAAGGUGGACUGCGGGUGCGCAGCAAGGAGUGGCGUGUGGCGUAUGAGGGCAUGAGGUAAAGAUGCACGACAGAAGGAGGGGCGGUGGUGUGUGAGAGAUGGUGGGCGCCUUGGCGAGGACCUGGAUGUUGUUCAA